AUGCUCUUAUAUUCUGCUAAAACUGUGGCUGCCAGAAGACUGUUUAGCACUGCUGCUGUGCGGCUCUCUAAACAACAACUGCCUCUGGAAGGCGUACGAGUUGUUGACAUGACUCGUGUUCUUGCUGGACCUUAUUGCACUCAGAUCUUGGGUGAUUUGGGAGCAGAAAUCAUCAAGCUGGAGCACCCGACCAAAGGUGACGAUACCCGAGCAUGGGGGCCUCCCUUUGCGCCAUAUACUGAGCACGCAGAUGAAGUUCCUGGACACAAGACCGGGGCUGGGCUAGGUGAAAGCGCAUACUUUCUAUGUGUGAACCGCAACAAAAAGUCUUUAGCUCUUAAUUUCAAGUCUGCAGAAGGUCAAAAGAUUGUGCGAGACUUGAUUGCAUCUGCAGACGUUGUUAUCGAAAAUUACGUUCCAGGAACGCUCGCGAAAUACGGGCUAGCAUAUGAUCAGCUUCCUAAACCAAACAAGGUGAUUUAUGCAUCCAUCACAGGAUACGGGCAAACAGGACCAUACUCGAAUCGUCCAGGAUACGACGUUAUGGUCGAAGCCGAAAUGGGACUGAUGCACAUUACAGGUGAUCCUGAUGGGAACCCGUCUAAGGUUGGUGUUGCGGUGACUGACUUGACCACAGGUUUAUACGCUGCAAACUCUAUCAUGGCUGCACUGAUCCAUCGUGCUCGUACAGGAGAAGGUCAGUAUUUGGAUGUUUGUUUGUCUGAUUGCCAGGUCGCUACGCUCGCAAACAUUGCGUCGUCCGCUCUUAUUUCCGGGAAACCCGACUCGGGUCGCCAGGGUACCGCACACCCAAGUAUUUGUCCAUAUCAAGGGUUCCCGACCAAGAACAAUGGUCAAAUUAUGAUUGCUGGAGGCAACGAUACACAGUUCCAAGCAGUAUGUGCUGCGAUUGAGCGUCCAGACCUAGCUGGGAACCCUGAUUAUGCGACCAACGCUUUACGCGUUAAAAACAGAAAAGUACUUGUGCCAGAGAUUUCGAAAACCACAGCAUCCAAGACUAAAGAAGAAUGGCUCGAGAUUUUCGAGGGUAAAAGAUUCCCCUACGCUCCUAUUAACGAUAUCCAAACUACCCUCCACCACCCACACGUUCGUGCUAGAAAUAUGGUGGUCGAGGUCGAUCACCCAGCUUGUGGACCACUGCCACUGGUUAACUCGCCAGUUAAGUACUCGCGCACUCAACCCACGAUCCGUUCUCCACCACCAAUGUUGGGCCAGCACACGGAUGAGGUUUUGAGUGAGGUAUUGGGCUACGAUGCUGCACAAAUUUCCGAGUUGCGUAAGGAUGGGGUUGUCAAUUAG